UCUUUUCUUCCCGGGCUUCCUGCUUUUUCGAUCCCUGCUUCUGCAGCGCUAUAUUUAUUAUCCCACCUCCUUUUCCUUCCGUCGCAGGAUGCGGAAAGUCCAUUUCCGAAUCUAGAUCCCUGCCGCUCUGUGACGUUCCUUGUAUUGUAUGCCCUUCGUUGCACGUUCUCCGUCGUCCAUAAUAAAGUCUCGACUUCUCCCUUUCCAUCUCUCCGUCCCUCCUGCUCUCCUUCUAUCCAGCUAUAGGCAUGUAACUGGUGGUGUCGCUGCUGUUCAUCGUCGUUCCAGAAUCUCCAGGAAUACCAUGGCCGUUCCUGUGUCCCAGCCGUCAGUCAACAUGGCUUCUCCCUUAGAUCGUCCCGUCGACGGUCCUUCUCAUCGGGUUCCACAGUCGUCUACUUCCCAUCCGGGGUAUGCCGUCCCGGAGGAACCCCGUGGCGUCCGAUCUCUGUCGGGUUCGAAUCAGGGUUUCAAUGCCGCCGCCUCCUUUUCGUCGCGGGUUGCGACCGAAGAAAGUGACUCCGAUGCUCCCCCGUCGCCUCCCACUCCCGCUACAGAGCCUCAGUCUGAGAUCGGGGAAGACUCGGAUCAAUCGGAGUCCAAGCCCGUGGGCGGUCGUCAACGCCGAGCCUCGACCGCCCUCAUCUCCCAGAAUUCCGAGGACAUGCAGAGGAUUCUGAAGAGCGUGGGCACUGCCAGUACCCAGAAGGUAGAAACUGUUUGCUGCGGAGGCGGAUGCUGCCGCAUUCAGCCUUUGCAGAGGGCCUCGGGUCCGGCAGUGGGAGUCAACAAGCUCACGCCGCCAACGAACGAGGCUUUCCGAAGCCUGAAUCUGGCCAUCGAUAACCUCAGCUUAGAUAGUGAACUUACCAACACCGUCCCUCUGCCCGAGAAGACUGUGUCCUUCUCGUCCGUGCCACCGUCGGCCGUCGAUGUGAAACUCGGACCGAAGGACACUCCUCCGAAUUUCGUGCAGCCUCACCCUCCUUACCACGUCUACCGUGCCCCGCUUCACCAUGCGCGAGAAUUGACCAAGCCCGGUGCAGAGAAGCGGACAUUCCACUUCGAUAUCGACGUGACCGAUUAUCCCGCAGAGAGCGGAGAUGUUGACUUUGUGGUGGGAGGCGCCGUCGGUGUCUGCCCCAGGAAUAAGGACGAGGAAGUCGAGGAGGUCUUCAACCUUCUCGGAAUUCCCAAGGCCAUCCGAGACAAGAAGAUGACCUUGCGUACCACUAAGGGUCGCUGGCCGACCAUCUGGGGAGAUGAUCAACCUCGGGAAUUGAUCACCACUCGAAGGGAACUCCUCACCUGGUGCUCUGAUAUCCAGAGUUAUGCUCCUACCAAGCCCCUUUUUCGACUGCUCGCCGAGUACGCUUCUGAACCGAAUGAGAAGAAGAUCCUCAUGUUCCUUUCCUCCGCCCAGGGCCAAGGCACCUUCUGUGAGCUGCGUACCGCUUCUUACAUUAAACUCACGCAGUUGCUGAAUGCGUUCCCCUCUUCCCAACCGCCUCUUGACCACCUUCUCUCUGCCCUGAACACGUUGAUGCCUCGCUUCUAUUCCCUCUCCCAGGACCCUCUUGUGUCGUGCAAGAGAGAAGGCAAUGAGUGCCGCCGUCUGAUCGAGAUUGCUGUCUCUGUGGCGGAAGUGUCCGACUACAGGAGCCGCGUCAGGACCGGUGUCAGUUCGGGUUACCUGGAAAGGCUCGCUCUCAAGGUGAUCGAGGCAGAGAAACAGGGGAUCGAUCCACGGACGCUGGACCUUCAUGUCCCCAUGUUCCGCGGGCUAAUGGCCAAUCCGCUGGCAGAACGCUUCGCAUCAGAUGGACCCAUGAUUCUUAUUGGGGCCGGUGUUGGGGUUGCUCCGUUCCGUGGCUUUGUUAGGAGACGCCUUCAGUCGGCAAACUGUGCCAAUAAAGUCUGGGUCAUCCAGGGCGUUCGAGACUCUCUCCUCGAUGAACUGUACAGCGGUGAAUGGGGCAUAGAGAAGGAGAAACUGAGGAAGGUUGUGCAAAGCCGUCGCGGGGAAGGCAGAUACGUCCAGGAAGAAGUCCGUAAUCAAGCGGAUCUUGUCUGGUUUGUGAUCAACUCUCUAGACGGCCGUAUCUUUGUUUGCGGCAGCAGCAAAGGUAUGGGCGAGGGUGUUGAGGCGGCGUUGGUCGACGUGGCCAUGGCCAAGGCAAAACUGAAUUACGAGGAAGCGAAGACAUUCUGGGACAACAAGAAGGAAGCUGGACAGUAUAUUGCUGAGACGUGGUAAAUUGGAAGUGUUCUUCGGCGGACAUUUUUGCAUAUUUACAAAAACCGAAAAGUCAAGUCAAUCCCUCGGACGCCUUACGGGGAAACAUCAUUUUCGUCGAUUGAAUCAAGUCCCUAGUCUACAGGGUGCUAUUUCGGCGGGAGACCCGAUCCGGGUUGAGGAUCGGGUGUAUAUAUCAUCUAAUUUUUCAUAUGCAUGGGCAUGGUUACAGAAAAAGCCAAAAGUCCUGAAAUCGUUCCUGGCAAAACAUAGACCAGGGCUUCUCUAUUGUCGUCUUGAUAGCUUCAUGUGACUGACAUAUGUCAUAUCGGCGGGAUGGGAGGUUCAGUCAUGGCAUUUCUUUGGUUGGGUGGGUGGAAUUUUGCUUGGUCUAUGCUGUUAUUUGUUCUCGGCUUGUAUAUCCCGUUAGGGCUGUGGAUUUAUUUUAUGUUUAGAAUAGGCUAUCAUUUCUCAUGACAAUUGAACCGGUUAGUAUAGGCUCUGUCAGCCUCGAGUAAGUCCUACUGCAGGCAGGGUACACUACUCAAGUCAACAGCAUUUGCUUUGGCUGAUAUCUGUAGCCCUGGUGUUCACCAGCGGCCCUUACUGCAGUGCAGUUCCAGAAAAGAGCCAGAUUGGUCCUUAUGGAUGAAGAACCAGAGCUUGAAUUUGCCUACUCCGGUGAUAGAAAGCGGAUGGUCUGAAACCUGCAGGCGGAAAUGGGGAUACCAAG